AUGCUCGCCGCGUCCCACCUCCUCGACCCCGCCACCUCCCUCCUCGUCCUCCGCCGCCUCGCCCAAUGGCGCAAGCUCGUGCGCGCAAAAACCCUCCUCUCCGCCCUCUCCGCGCGAUCUGCUGUCCCCGUCCCCUUCCUCUACAGCUUGGUCCUCCAGUGCCUCGUCCCCCUCGGCCCAAUCCGCGACAUCGAACUCGUCUGGAGCGAGGUAGUGAAAGAUCCUCCCCACAAACCCUUCAAUGCUUCCGAUUUCGUUGUGCAUCUCGCUCGCCGCAGUGCGAACGCCGCAGAGAUCGAGGGGGUCUUCCGCCGGGUUUCGUCGACCCGAUCGGGUUUAACCCCGCGAGCUUAUUCGGCUUUGAUCGGUGCGUUGUGUAAGGGAGAAAACCCUAAUCCUGUUUUGGGGCGACAUGUUUUGAGGGAGAUGGAGGAGAAGGGUUUCGAAGCGGAUGAGCUCACCUACAUUGCUCUGUUUCGAUCCUUCUGUCGAAUUGGGAAUCCGUUAGAGGCCGAUUCGAUUCUGAGGAUACUGGUAGAGAGGAAGAAGUACAAAGCAGAUGUUUUGAUCUACGGAGAUUUCCUGUAUGGGUUAUGCAAAUCUGGGAAGCUGAGAGAAGCACGUAAACUGUUCGACAAAAUGUCAAAGAAAGAUCGGAGCUUUACGGCGAAUACCGAGGUUGUUCCCGUGUUGAAACCCGGAAGGCGGGUCAUCUUCCAAUUGGGUUCGCCACACCCCGUUUCCGAGAAAAUGGCGUUCGAGGCCUACUUCCGAGCGCUCUGCGGCACAGGGAGGGUGGAGGAAGCCGAAAGGCUCUUAAAAGAUAGGGUUAUGCAGAAUACUGUGCCGGAUGUUUGCGUUUAUGCAUCAUUUGUCGAAGCUUUGUUCGAUGCGGGUAGAGUAGAAGAUGCUAUGAACUUUUUUGAAGCUCAUAAAAAUAAGCGUGGAAUAGAUGGUAAGGGAAUUGCAGUGGCACUGAUAAUGGGUCUUUGUAAUGUUGGUAGAGCGGGCGAGGGCUUACAACUUCUUUAUGAGAUAGUCGACGGCCGGUUUUUUCCGACCGCUAGGGUUUGGAAUCGGAUCGUCGAGAGGUUUUGUGAGGAAGGGAGAGUGCACGAUGCGCAAAAUCUGUUCGAUGAAUUGAGGCGCGGGAAAUGUGGCGAUUUUGCUAGGCCCGAUUCUUCGACUUACGAGUUGAUGAUAUUCGGCCUUCUGAAUAAGGGUGAUACUACCGCCGCGAUUGCCCUUCUCGAUGAAAUGACGAAGAAGAAAAUUAGGGCAGAUGUUCGUUUGUAUAGUGCCAUUGUGAGGAGGUUAUAUGAGGAUGGAGCGAUCGAGGAAUCGAACAAGUACUUGAACCGCAUGAUCGAGAAUGGGAUCUUAGCUUCUUAUAGUGCAUGGGAAGGUCUAGUAGAUUCUAUGAUGAGAUCACGAUGA